CAUAUGUUUUAUUUUAUAGCCUGGACUGUACUUUCACCGUCAUUCCCAAGAACGGAAGAGCUCUAUCCCUGAACGUUGUUUACAUGUUAACUGAGAUCAUUUUUUUUGUCCUGUCGCUGAUCCCGUUACAUUGACAUUUGAUUUUGAAGGUUCACACCAGAAAUGUGGUGUAGGAUUCCACCAACUAGAGAGAAACAACAUUCAAUCCAGGGUUGUGGUGAACUUCAAGGCAGACGGUAUCGGAACGAGGCCAGGCUGGUUGAUGCAUUUCACUGAGAAAGUUGCCGUUACCUGUGAAGGCGAUCCUUGCAAUGGUGGACACUGUGAUCGCUCCAGUGGCUCAAUUGUGUGCACCAACUGUCCGUCCGGGAAAAUAGGGCCACGCUGUGAUAUAUAUGAAGUCAUCAUCUGUGAGAGAGAGACAGGUGUUAUUGAAUGCCCUGCGGGACAAGUCAUCGACAUCCAGGAAGCAUUUUAUGGUAGAGAAGAUCAAAUCACGUGUUUUUAUGAGAACGAGCUAGUGACAGAGACCAAUUGCUCCUCCCCGUCAGCUCUGGAGGGAUACGGAAACCUCUGUAAUGAUAAAACCACCUGCAUGGUGACAGCCAGUAACAGUGUCACAGGAGAUGAUCCGUGUCCUGUUGUCUACAAAUAUGUACGGAUCAGACACACAUGCAUUG